AUGGUGGAGGCCUUGGAUGGCCAGGAACUCCACGUUGUGGCGCCAUAUCGUAUACGGGCAUACAUUUACGAGGUCCUCAAUGUUGUGAAAGUCGCAUUUAAUGGAGCGACCGGACGGUACCUGGAAAAUUUCCGCGGCAUUAUGGUACGCGAGGACCUCACAACGAGGGACCCUUGCCCAUGCGGGAACUGUAGCAGGCCUAAUAUGUUCGCAGGCCACUUUAACGAAGAAUUCCAACUGAAAUAUCCAGAUGCACCACUAAUGCAAAUCGAUGACAACGGCGUCAAACGCUUCCUGGCGAUGGAACAAAUAUGGACACCAACCCCAUUUCAAGAAGAGGAAAUUUCACCGAUCGCCCUACUAGUCGCCAACCUGCCACGCCGCUCUACUCUCUCCAACUAUUCACUGCUCAACUACUUCUAUUCGCAGCUCAACUCACCACUGACGACCGCCUUUCGAGAACUACAACAGCUGGGAAACGCCUGA